GAUUUAAUGCUUAUAUUAAAGCCAACUACUUAGAUUGAGCAUCUUCAACAGAAACAAAAAAAGAGGGACCAAACUACUUCCAACAAAACGCAUAUAAUUAAGGUAACAUCCAUUAAAGAGUGAUCAAGAGUUUUGUACUAGCCAAAAUGUCAUUGGAUCGGCAACAACAAGCGCAAAUGAUGAUGCACAUGAAGAACUCGGGAUUAAUAAUUAGUUAUAAUAAUAAUAAUUCUGGGAGUAGUCCUAUGAUCGGUGAUGAAGAAGAUGAAUUGUCGAAAUCGGCCUUGUUGGCCUUUAGGGUGAAGGAAGAAGAGAUCAAGAAGAAGAGAAUGGAGGUGAGGCAGAAAGUCCAUGCUCAUUUAGGCCGUGUUGAAGAAGAAACCAAAAAGUUGGCUGAAAUUCGGGAAGAGCUUGAAGCACUUGAAGAUCCAAGGAGGAAGGAGGUGACAUGGGUUCGUAAGAGGAUUGAUUUGGUCAAUAAAGAGCUAAAGCCAUUGGGGCAAAGCUGCCAUAAGAAGGAGAAAGAGUACAGAGAAGUUUUAGAAGCUUUCAAUGAAAAAAACAAGGAGAAAGCCCAACUGGUAGCAAGACUGAUGGAGUUGGUGACUGAAAGUGAAAGAGUGAGGAUGAAGAAACUUGAAGAAUUGAACAAGAGCAUCGAAUACUUGGGACAACAUGUUGCAAGAUAAUCAUAAUAAUAAUAAUGAAACCAAUCGCUCCAAUUAAGUGUUUGCUAUAACUACUGAUUUUAUGUUGUGAGUUUCUUUGUGAUGAUUUUUCGAUUUUGGUGAUGAUUUUUACUUGCAUUUUCAGACUUGUUAGUUACAUGAUAACACUUGUUAAAUGAAAGCUUUCAAGCAAUAAUUAGCUACUGUGUCAAGGGCUGAUCUCUUAAAGACCCGAGGGGGGCCGGGUCCCCUCUAUUUUUUUGACAAGUAGUGUAAUUUUAUCCGUAA